CGGUCUCGCGCGCGCCCCGAACAUGGCGACACGGAGCAGCAGGAGGGAACCCCGGCUCCGGGUCCUCGCCACCCUGCUGGUGCUACUGCUGCUGGCGCGGGGCGCCGGGGGCGCAGAGGAGGGCGCGCGGAGGACCCUGGCGGGAGGCCCCGGCGCGCGGCUCCAAGAUCUGGGGUUCCGCGUGCUGCAAGGGGGAGACCCCCUUGCGGAGUACCACCACCCUGGGGACCCCGAGAGGCCGCUGCGGACCCGAAGGAGCGCUCCCCUGCAGCCUCAACCCAUCAGGGUGUACGGACAGGUUAGCCUGAAUGAUUCCCACAACCAGAUGGUGGUGCACUGGGCUGGGGAGAAAAGCAACGUGAUCGUGGCCUUAGCCCGGGACAGCUUGGCUUUGGCACGGCCCAAGAGCAGUGAUGUGUACGUGUCCUAUGACUAUGGUAAGUCCUUUGCCAAGAUCUCCGAGAAGCUGAACUUCGGUGCCGGCAACAACAGUGAGGCUGUCAUCUCCCAGUUCUACCACAGCCCCGCGGACAACCGACGGUACAUCUUUGCCGACGCCUAUGCACAGUACCUCUGGGUGACCUUCGACUUCUGUCGCACCGUCCAAGGCUUUGCUAUCCCUUUCCGGGCUGCUGACCUCCUGCUGCACAACAAGGUGGCCAAUCUUCUCCUGGGCUAUGAUAGGUCUCACCCCAAUAAGCAGCUUUGGAAAUCCGAUGACUUCGGCCAGACGUGGGUCAUGAUCCAGGAGCACGUCAAAUCCUUUUCAUGGGGCGUCGACCCCUACGACAAGCCCAAUACCAUCUACAUUGAGCGACACGAGCCCUUUGGAUACUCCACCGUGUUCCGGAGCACCGACUUCUUCCAGUCCCGAGAGAACCAGGAGGUGGUCUUGGAGGAAGUGAGAGACUUCCAGCUUCGUGACAAGUACUUGUUCGCCACCACGGCAGCUCAAACCCUGGACAGCGAGCAACCCUCUUCUGUUCAGCUCUGGGUCUCCUUCGGCCGGAAGCCCAUGCGGGCAGCCCAGUUCGUCACGAGACAUCCUAUUACUGAAUAUUAUGUGGCUGACGCCUCCGAGGACCAAGUGUUCGUGUGUGUCAGCCACAGCAAUAACAGCACCAAGCUGUACAUCUCGGAGGCCGAGGGGCUGCGCUUCUCCCUGUCCCUGGAGAAUGUGCUGUACUACAGCCCUGGUGGGGCCGGCAGUGACACCCUAGUGAGGUAUUUUGCGAAUGAGCCAUUUGCCGACUUCCACCGGGUGGAGGGGCUGCAAGGGGUCUAUAUCGCCACCCUGAUGAAUGGCUCCAUGAACGAGGAGAAUAUGAGGUCUGUCAUCACCUUCGACAAAGGGGGCACCUGGGAGUUUCUACAGGCUCCGGCCUACACGGGGUAUGGAGAGAAAAUCGAGUGUGAGCUUGCACAAGGCUGCUCCCUGCACCUGGCCCAGCGUCUCAGCCAGCUGCUGAACCUACAACUCCGCCGGAUGCCCAUCUUGUCCAAGGAAUCUGCACCUGGCCUCAUCAUUGCCACUGGUUCUGUGGGGAAGAGCUUGGCAAGCAAGACCAACGUGUACAUCUCCAGCAGUGCUGGGGCCAGGUGGCGAGAGGCACUCCCUGGACCCCACUACUACACUUGGGGAGACCACGGUGGUAUCAUCAUGGCCAUAGCCCAGGGCACGGAGACCAAUGAGCUCAAGUACAGCACCAAUGAAGGGGAGACCUGGAAGACGUCGGUGUUUUCAGAGCAGCCGGUGUUUGUGUACGGGCUGCUCACGGAGCCGGGGGAGAAGAGCACCGUCUUUACUGUGUUCGGCUCCAACAAAGAGAAUGCUCACAGCUGGCUUAUCUUGCAGGUCAAUGCCACGGACGCCCUGGGGGUACCCUGCACCGAGAAUGACUACAAGCUGUGGUCCCCUUCGGAUGAGCGGGGCAAUGAGUGUUUGCUGGGACACAAGACCGUCUUCAAGCGCAGGACACCGCAUGCUACGUGCUUCAAUGGCGAGGACUUUGACAGGCCUGUGGUGGUGGCCAAUUGCUCCUGCACUCGAGAGGACUAUGAAUGUGACUUCGGCUUCAAGAUGAGUGGAGACCUGUCUCUCGAGUUCUGUGUUCCGGACCCUGAGUUCUCUGUGAAGUCCUUGUCUCCGCCUGUGCCUUGUCCCGUGGGCUCCACGUACAAGAGGACCAGAGGAUACCGGAAGAUCUCCGGAGACACAUGCAGUGGAGGAGAUGUGGAGGCACGCUUGGAGGGCGAGGUGGUCCCAUGCCCCCUGGCAGAGGAGAACGAGUUCAUCCUGUACGCCACACGCAAGUCCAUUCACCGCUACAAUCUGGCAUCGGGGGCCACGGAGCAGCUGCCACUGAGUGGCCUGCGGGCUGCUGUGGCCCUGGACUUUGACUACGAGCACAACUGCCUGUAUUGGUCUGACCUGGCCUUGGACCUCAUCCAGCGCCUCUGCUUGAACGGGAGCUCAGGACAGGAAGUGAUCAUCAACUCGGGUCUGGAGACUGUCGAGGCUCUGGCCUUCGAUCCGCUCAGCCAGCUGCUCUACUGGGUGGAUGCAGGCUUUAAGAAGAUCGAGGUAGCCAACCCAGAUGGCGACUUCCGCCUCACACUCCUCAAUUCCUCUGUGCUUGACCGGCCCCGGGCGCUGGUCCUCCUGCCCCAGGAAGGGAUCAUGUUCUGGACAGACUGGGGCGACACGAAGCCAGGCAUCUACCGCAGCCACAUGGACGGCUCCGCUGUGCACCGCCUGGUGUCCGAGGAUGUCAAGUGGCCCAACGGCAUCGCAGUGGACAGUCAGUGGGUCUACUGGACAGAUGCCUACUUGGACUGCAUCGAACGGGUGGCCUUCAGUGGCCAGCAGCGCUCCAUCAUUCUGGACAACCUCCCCCACCCCUAUGCUAUCGCUGUCUUCAAGAAUGAAAUCUACUGGGACGACUGGUCCCAACUCAGCAUCUUCCGCACUUCCAAGACCAGUGGGUCCGAGGUGGAGGUCCUGGCUAGCCAGCUCACGGGGCUCAUGGACAUGAAGCUCUUCUACAAGGGCAAGAUCUCCGGGAGCAAUGCCUGUGUGUCCAGACCCUGCAGCCUGCUGUGCCUGCCGAAGGCCAACCAGAGCUGGAGCUGCAGGUGUCCAGAUGGUGUGUCGGGCCAUGUCCUCCCAUCGGGGGAGCUGAUGUGUGAAUGUCCAAGGGGCUACCAACUGAGCAACAACACCUGCACCAAGGAAGAGAACACAUGUCUCCGGAACCAGUACCGCUGUAGCAAUGGCAACUGCAUCAACAGCAUCUGGUGGUGUGACUUUGACAACGACUGUGGGGACAUGAGCGACGAGAGAAACUGCCCCACCACUGUGUGUGACCUGGACACCCAGUUUCGCUGCCAGGAGUCGGGGACAUGCAUCCCAUUGUCUUACAAGUGUGACCUGGAGGACGACUGUGGGGACAACAGUGAUGAGAGCCAUUGUGAGGUGCACCAGUGCCGCAGCGACGAGUUCAACUGCAGCUCAGGGAUGUGCAUCCGCGCGUCCUGGGUGUGUGAUGGCGACAAUGACUGCAGGGACUGGUCGGAUGAAGCCGUGUGCACUGCCAUCUACCACACCUGUGAGGCCUCCAACUUCCAGUGCCGUAAUGGCCACUGCAUCCCUCAGCGGUGGGCGUGUGACGGGGACAUGGACUGCCAGGACGGCUCUGAUGAGGAUCCUGUCAACUGUGAGAAGAAAUGCAAUGGCUUCCGCUGCCCCAAUGGUACAUGCAUCCCGUCCAGCAAACACUGUGAUGGCCUCCGGGACUGCUCCGACGGCUCCGACGAGCAGCACUGUGAGCCACUGUGCACUCGCCUCAUGGACUUCGUGUGCAAGAACCGCCAACAAUGCCUCUUCCACUCCAUGGUGUGUGACGGUGUUGUGCAAUGCCGUGACGGUUCGGACGAGGACCCUGCCUUCGCCGGCUGUUCCCAAGACCCCGAGUUCCACAAGGUGUGUGAUGAGCUCAGCUUCCAGUGCCAGAACGGCGUGUGUGUCAGCCUCAUCUGGAAGUGUGAUGGCAUGGACGACUGUGGGGACUACUCGGAUGAAGCCAACUGCGAGAACCCCACGGAGGCACCCAACUGCUCCCGCUACUUCCAGUUCCAGUGCAGGAACGGACACUGCAUUCCCAACAGGUGGAAGUGUGACCGUGAGAAUGACUGCGGGGACUGGUCGGAUGAGGCGGACUGUGGGGGAUCCCACAUUGUCCCUGUGCCCACCCCUGGGCCCUCCACUUGCCCACCCAACUACUUCCGCUGCAGCAACGGUGCCUGCGUGAUGGACAGCUGGGUAUGUGAUGGCUACCAAGACUGCGCCGAUGGCUCGGAUGAGGAAGCCUGCCCUUCACCCGCAAAUGUCACGGCGGCCUCUAUCCCCGCCCGGCAGGGCCGAUGUGACCGAUUCGAGUUCGAGUGCCGGCAGCCCAAGAAGUGUAUCCCCAACUGGAAGCGCUGUGACGGGCAUCAGGACUGCCAGGAUGGGCAAGACGAGGCCAACUGCCCCACACACAGCAGCCUGGCCUGCUCCAGCUGGGAGUUUCGGUGUGCGGAUGGCGAGGUCUGUGUGGCGCUGUCUGAGCACUGUGAUGGCUUCCUGGACUGCUCUGAUGAGAGCGACGAGCAGGCAUGCAGCGCGGACCUGAUGGUCUACAAGGUUCAGAACCUGCAGUGGACAGCGGACUUCUCCGGGGAAGUGACGCUGACGUGGACACGGCCCAAGAAGAUGCCAUCCGCCGUGUGCGUGUACAAUAUCUACUACAGGAUGGUGGGCGAGAGCAUGUGGAAGGCCCUAGAGACCCACAGCAACAAGACCAGCACGGUGCUUCGGGUGCUGAAGCCGGACACCACGUACCAGGUCAAAGUUCAGGUGCAGUGUCUGAACAAGGUCCACAACACCAACGACUUUGUGACACUCAGGACGCCCGAAGGACUGCCUGAUGCCCCUCGAGACCUCCAGCUGUUUCUGCACAGGGAGGAGGAAGGCGUGAUCGGAGCCCAGUGGACACCUCCGACUCAUACCCAUGGCCUCAUCCGCGAGUACAUCGUAGAAUACAGCAGGAUGGGCUCCAAGGUGUGGGCCUCCCAGCGGGCCAGCAGCAACACCACGGAGAUCAAGGACCUGCUGGUGGACACUCAGUACACUGUCAGGGUGGCCGCGGUGACCAGCCGAGGGAUUGGAAAUUGGAGUGACUCGAAAUCUAUCACCACCACCAAAGGCAAAGUGAUCCCACCGCCCCAGAUCCACAUUGAUGGCUACAAUGAAAACUCCCUCAGCUUUACCCUCACCACAGCUGGAACCAUCAAGGUCACCGGCUACGUGGUCAACCUCUUCUGGGCCUUCGACAGCCACCAGCAAGAGAAGAAGACCUUGACUUUCCGGGGCAGCUCAAUCUCCCACAAAGUGGCCAAUCUCACUGCUCAAACAGCCUAUGAGAUCUCAGCCUGGGCCAAGACAGACCUGGGGGACAGCCCAUUGGCAUUCGCUCAUGUCACCACCAAGGGCAUCCGCCCUCCUGCCCCGAGUCUCAAGGCCAAGGCCACCAACCAGACAGCGGUGGAGUGCACCUGGACAGGGCCCAGGAAUGUGGUUUAUGGGAUCUUUUAUGCCACGUCCUUUCUGGACCUCUAUCGGAAUCCGAGAAGACUGACUACGCCCCUUCACAACAAGACAGUGACCGUCAGCCGGGACGAGCAGUAUCUGUUCUUGGUCCGGGUGGUGGCGCCCUACCUGGGCCCCUCUUCUGACUGUGUGGUGGUGCGGAUGAUCCCCGAUAGCCGGCUUCCCCCACGCCACCUGCAUGUGGUUCACACGGGCAAAACCUCUGCGGUCAUCAAGUGGGAGCCCCCUUAUGACUCCCCUGACCAGGAUUUGCUCUAUGCCAUCACGGUGAAGGACCUGGUGCGGAGAAGUGACCGGAGCUACAAGGUGCGGUCCCGCAACAGCACCGUGGAGUACAUCCUUACCCGCCUGGAGCCUGGUGGCAAGUACCACAUCCUCGUGCAGCUGGGCAACAUGAGCAAAGAAUGCAGCCUCAAGCUGACCACGGUCUCGUUGUCAGCGCCCGAUGCUCUCAAAAUCUUAACGGAAAAUGACCACGUCCUUUUGUUUUGGAAGAGUCUGGCUCUCAAGGACCAACAUUUCAAUGACAGUCGGGGCUACGAAAUCCACAUGCAGGACAGCGCCAAAAACAUCAGUGCCUACCUCGGCAACACCACGGACACUUUCUUCAAAAUCUCCAACCUGAAGCUGGGGCAUAAUUACACGUUCACCGUCCAGGCGAGGUGUCUGGUGGGGAGCCAGCUUUGUGGGGAGCCUGCUGUCUUGCUGUAUGAACUGGGUUCGAUCGCAGACACGUCAGAACUGAAGGUGGCCAGAUCCACCGAUGUGGCGGCGGUGGUGGUACCCAUCUUGUUCCUGAUCCUGCUGAGCUUGGGAGUGGGGUUUGCUGUCUUGUACGCCAAGCAUCGGAGACUGCAGAACAGCUUCACCGCUUUUGCCAACAGCCACUACAGCUCCAGACUGGGCUCAGCCAUCUUCUCCUCUGGGGAUGACCUAGGGGAGGACGACGAAGAUGCCCCCAUGAUAACUGGAUUCUCAGACGACGUUCCCAUGGUGAUAGCCUGAGAGAGCGCUUUCCUCACUCGAAACCAAAUGGUGUAAAUAUUUUAUUUGAUAAAGAUAGUUGAUGGUUUAUUUUAAAAGAU